CUGCGCUUUUUGGAUGGUGCAGUACCUUGCAUGAUCACUGCCACCGUAUUUUCAAAUUCCCUGUGUUUUAGCCUCCCAUCUCAUCUCUCCUGCAGGCUGGGAGUCAAGUGAGGUCGCAGGUAUUUUUUAUGAGAUAGUCAUAGAGUGCCCAACAGGAACGCUACCGACCUUGAGCAGCUAGCUCCUUGGUGCUUUUUGCUGCUGCUGCUAACUGCUGUACACCAAGGCCCGGUCGAAACAGGUCAGGGACGACGUACACUGCCCUGGCAGCCGUGGAUGGAGCCGGGCCGAGGAAAAAAUUGCCUUCUUUGCUGUAUGGUUGCUUUGAAAUUUCCGUUCAAAGGCACCCAAGGGGCACAUAACGCCUUCCUCAAGGCUCUCUCCCCCACGCGAGCGAGAAUUUGAGGCCAAACUGACCAGAAAUCAAAGCCCUUGAGGGCAUGGGGGGUGGGCGAGGUCGGUCCAUCCGCCCGCCCCCAUCGCUCCCGGGACCGGCCGGGGCGGCUCCCCCGGGGAUCACCGCAGCGUAGCGGGUGCCUCCCUCCCCCCGGCCCUGACGGAAAGGCUGCGGGCAAACAGCGCCGCCAGUGCCCUCGGGUACCGAGCCGAACCGGCGGAAAGGGCGGCCGAGGCGGGGGCAUCGCGGCGCGGCCACAUCAGCCCCCGCCUGCCCAGCGCCGGCGCUUGGCUGCUGAGCCGCACAGCGGCCCCCAGGAGGCGGCGGCGGCCGGGGACGCUGAGGAGGAGCCGCCUGCGCGGCCCAGCGGCGGCGGCGGCGGGCGGGCCGGACACACCGACCAACCGACCGACCGAGCAGCCGCGGCACGGAGAGAGGGAGGGAGGGCAGAGCGGCAGCGCAGCCCGCGCCGGCAGCGCCAUGGCCACCAAGGCUCGUGUUAUGUAUGAUUUUGCUGCUGAGCCUGGAAACAAUGAGCUGACAGUCAGUGAAGGGGAGAUCAUCACAAUCACCAACCCGGAUGUUGGUGGAGGCUGGUUAGAAGGAAAAAACAGCCAAGGCGAGAGAGGGCUUGUUCCAACAGAUUAUGUUGAGAUUAUAACCGAAGGGGCAAAAGAUGGCGUUAGCUGUGGUAACUCAUUAGCUGAUCAGGCCUUUUUUGAUUCCCUUUCUUCAAAUACAGCUCAGACCAACUCUGCUGCCAAAAGCAGUAAUCAGGCAAGCAUUGCCAAUGAUCCUUGGUCCAGCUGGAACGUUGGGAAGUCUGGGAACUGGGAUAAUGGAAAUGCUGUUGACAGCUGGGCAACGAAACCAGAAAGUGCACCUGGCCAGAGAAACAGUGCUUCAAAUAACUGGGAGGCAGCAGCAGCAUUUGGUCAUCCACAGGCAUAUCAAGGACCAGCAGCUGCUGAUGACGAUGAUUGGGAUGAUGACUGGGAUGACCCAAAAUCAACUUCACCAUCUUACCUUGGUUACAAGGAGACUGAGACAUCAGAGGCUGGGGGGGUCCAGCGUGGAAAUUCUCGUGCAGCUGCUAUGAAGUUACCACUUAACAAGUUUCCUGGAUUUGCAAAACCUGGAAUGGAACAGUAUCUGUUGGCAAAGCAGCUAGCAAAACCCAAAGAAAAAAUUCCCAUAAUUAUUGGUGAUUAUGGCCCAAUGUGGGUAUAUCCUACCUCUACAUUUGACUGUGUGGUGGCAGAUCCCAAAAAAGGUUCUAAAAUGUAUGGUCUCAAGAGCUACAUUGAGUAUCAGCUGACCUGCACUAACACUAAUCGGUCUGUCAACCACAGAUACAAGCACUUUGAUUGGUUGUAUGAGCGGCUCCUGGUUAAAUUUGGAUUAGCCAUUCCAAUCCCUUCUCUUCCAGACAAGCAAGUAACAGGGCGCUUUGAAGAAGAAUUUAUCAAAAUGCGCAUGGAGAGGCUGCAAGCUUGGAUGACGAGAAUGUGUCGCCAUCCUGUUGUCUCAGAAAGUGAAGUUUUCCAGCAAUUUCUCAAUUUCCGAGAUGAGAAGGAGUGGAAAACUGGAAAGAGGAAGGCAGAAAAAGAUGAAACUGUAGGAGUCAUGAUCUUUUCUACAAUGGAACCAGAAGCUCCUGACUUGGACAUGGUAGAAAUAGAACAGAAAUGUGAUGCAGUGGGUAGGUUCACCAAAGCAAUGGAUGAUGGAGUUAAAGAGCUGCUGACAGUGGGACAAGAGCACUGGAAGAGGUGUACAGGGCCACUGCCCAAGGAAUACCAGAAGAUAGGAAAAGCAUUGCAGAGCCUAGCACUGGUCUUCAGCACUAGUGGAUACCAAGGAGAAUCUGAUCUCAAUGGAGCAAUAACAGAAGCAGGGAAAACUUACGAAGAAAUUGCCAGUCUUGUAGCAGAUCAGCCAAAGAAAGAUCUUCACUUUUUGAUGGAAACAAAUCAUGAAUAUAAGGGAUUUCUUGGUUGCUUCCCUGACAUCAUAGCAGCACAUAAGGGAGCAAUAGAAAGAGUGAAGGAAAGUGACAAGUUAGUUGCAACCAGUAAAAUAACACCACAAGACAAACAGAACAUGGUGAAACGUGUGAGCACCAUGGCUUAUGCACUACAAGCUGAAAUGAAUCACUUCCACAGUAACCGGAUCUAUGACUACAACAGCGUCAUUCGUCUCUAUCUGGAGCAGCAGGCACAGUUCUAUGAAACGAUUGCACAGAAGCUGAGGCAGGCACUCAGCCGCUUUCCUGUGAUGUAAAGAAUAAGGAGUAUUCAACAAUACAGAACAACUCCAAAGUGCUUUUCUGAUGUGGGGGCAAUGCUCAUAAAAACUUGUUACCCUUUGCAAAAAAAAAAAAAAAAAAAAAAUCCCAAAAAACCCCGAGCCAACAAGAAUCAGUUACAAAAGAAAGUAUUAUUUCAAAUUUUACUUUAUCAGCCUAAAUCAUACAAUAAGGCUCUCAUGUCUUGAAAGCUCUCCCAUUUGUUGUAUCAUUAUUUAAAUAAAACCAGCUAGGUAAUGCUGUCAGUUAUAUGGAUCUAAAUUAUCAAACUGAUAUGUUGCCAUGGACUUCAUGAAGACUUGUUUGUCAGAUGUUCUUCCAAAAACUGUGGAUCAAUACCAGAGUGAUGCAUUUGUAGCUUUUUUUUUUAAAUGGGAAAGCAGACAAACUUAAGAAAAUUACCUAAUACUCAUUAUAUUCAGUUGAGCUCUCCAGCAAUUCAGUAACCAGGAGGAAUUAUAUUAAUGUAUGUUUCUGGCACAUGUUUAUGAUAAUCUCCUGAAUGAAUGCUUUGUUCUUAAGUUUUGCUUCCCAUAUGCAGCCAUGGCAUCCUGCUCUCAGUAUGACUUCUGGUAAAUAUAAAUCAUUCUUCCCUCUCUUCUUUUUCCUUCUAACUAAAUCUUGUUCUUGUGGUGCACCACCUCAGAGCUUAUGUCAGGCUCACUUUUUCACUAUGCACUGUGUAAGAAGACAAAGUCCAAACAAGGAAUGAGCCAUUCAGGAAAGUGUGAAAAACAGUUUUCCAUACCAGCACUUUGACACCCCCAAUGUCAUGCCAUAAGGCACUGAUGUUUCUCAGUGCUGUACAGGGCCAGCUUCCCCUCUGACAGUUUGUAGUGUUUCAGCAGAGGGGACAAUGCCACAUCUAACCCCAAUUAGUAGACAUCCCCAAAUUCCAAUUAAGCUCAGGUCUUCGUGUAGUAGUAUGGUGUGCUAUUGGUUCAGGUUAACUUUUUGUUGCCUUCUAAUGCAACCUCAAAGGUGACAAAAGUACUGAAUAAGAUCAUUAAUUAUUACACAAAUUCUGUUCUUUGAUCAUCAUCUUUUAUCAAGUGACUCAGUAUCCUCUUCCAUACUACUGAAAUACCAUUUGAGGCCUUGGCUUUUCACAGAAUCAAACCAAAAAAAAGCCACCAUCAACUGUGUUCACAAUGGGCACCAAGUACAGUAAUUCAUUUCUUGCCAUAGGCAAGCAGGAAAGCCAAAAUGCAGUUUCUACUAGAAUGUGCCUAGAAAAUAAAUGUUUUAGUUAAAAAAAAAAACAACAAAAAAAACCCAAAAAAAACAACUAAAAAGGCAUUUUACCAAUAAGCCAUUCUAAGUGACGGGUACAGUCUGCCAGUUCAAUAGUUGCCUUACUCUGUUUUGCAUUGGUGUUACUUUUCUGUGCUAGAAGGAAAAACUGGGUCUGCCUGAAUAACCUGAAACCAAACCAAACCAGACUAAGCCUAAGUCUAGAUGCUUCUCAGUGUCACGAGUUUUGUUCACCUUUUGUAAACCUUGUCUUUUUCUCCUCCCAAUUUUAGUUUGCUUCCAAAAUUCCAUAGUGCAUUGUUGUUUGAUACAGCCAUUUAAAUAUGUACAAAUUGUAAAGAAUGUGUAUAAAUGUUUUACACCAAAUGUAAGAUCUGCUUGCAUGUAGAAGCAGCUUAUAUAAUAAAUUGUUACAAUAUGUACAGUAAAUUCUGAAAUCACUUUUUCAAGCCAGCAUUUUUUUAGCAUUUGUAUAUUCACUUUUUGGUAAUGAAAUCUCUUUGUAACAGACUCUUCAUUUGGGAGGGGGAAGGGGGUUCUUUUUACCAAUCCUUAAAUAGCUCCGUAUGCACUAAAGUUGAAAGCUCUUUAUCUUGAAUAGAUUGUUUGGAAUCUUAAGUGUAAGCUCUGCAUUCCCAGUGCAGGGAAGCGAUGACAGUAGCAACUGUGUCAGAUGCAACAUUUUGGAAAAAAAAAAAAAAAAAAAAAAAAAAAAAAAAAAAAAAAAAAAAAAAGAAAGAAAAAGUGUUUAAAAAAGUGUUUAAAGAUUUCUAGUAAAAUGAAGUUAAACUGAUAAUAAAUAUUUAUGUAUAUCCA